UUGGCGCACCGCCUCUUCCGGCCCGUGGGCCCCGCUCGGCUCCUCCCGGCGCGCCGCCGCCGCCGCCGCCGUGCUCGCUCGGCCUUCGGCUGUUUCCGGAGCCACUCGUUGUAGGCUGCCGAGGCGCUAGCGGAGCUGGCUGCAGAUGUCGGAGCAGCAGGCGGCUGCGGGGCCGGCGGGCCGCGGCGGGGACGGCCCGGGAGUGGAGGGGAGCCAGGCGGCCGCCUCAGAGAAUGAAGAUCUAGAAAACACCAACGUCACCUCUGCAGUGGCUUCGGCCUCUGAUCCAGAACCCUGUUCCUCACCUUACAGGCCACAGACGGUGUCUCCGGCGAGUGAGGAUGCCCCAGAGGAUCUGCGGAAGACAGCCGGUGCCUUGGAGGCGCAGGCCUUGGUGGAACAGGAAUUGCUGCCUGCAGACCAGGCCCAGGUCCUCAACAAGAUGGCCAAGCACCACGUUCCACAAAGGUCCGGGGACAUCGUUAUGAUCCAGUCUGAGCACACAGGAGCUAUAGAUAUCCUCUCAGCUGAUUUGGAAUCUGCAGAUCUCCUGGGGGAUCAUAGGAAAGUGUCCCCCCCUCUGAUGGCUCCUCCGUGCAUCUGGACCUUUGCCAAGAUGAAGGAAUUCAAAAGCAAGCUGGGCAAAGAGAAGAAUAGCCGUCUGGUGGUGAAGCGGGGUGAGGUGGUGACCAUCCGGGUACCUACCCAUCCAGAGGGGAAGCGUGUUUGCUGGGAGUUUGCGACUGAUGACUAUGACAUUGGCUUUGGAGUUUAUUUUGACUGGACCCCUGUAACCAGCACUGACAUAACUGUGCAGGUCAGUGAUUCCAGUGAAGAUGAGGAUGAAGACGAGGAAGAGGAGGAAGAGAUUGAAGACCCUGUCCCAGUUGGCGAUGUGGAGAGAGGCUCCAGGAGCUCCCUUCGAGGUCGUUAUGGGGAGGUCAUGCCUGUGUACCGGCGGGACAGCCACCGAGACGUGCAGGCCGGCAGCCACGACUACCCUGGUGAGGGCAUCUACCUGCUCAAGUUUGACAACUCCUACUCCCUGCUCCGCAACAAGACUCUCUACUUCCACAUCUACUACACUAGCUGAAGGCCGCUGGGACAGAAGGCAGGCGGGCGCUUGCUGGCUGGGGCAGGCUGCCGGCUGGCGUCUCUUCUGGAUAGGCAAGAGCUAAAAGUUGAGCGUGAGGCUCCUGACCCUCACGUCCUGCCUGGCAUGCCUGACUGUUGACCCCACGUAGCUUUUCCCCCUUCCUGGCUUCCGCAGAUGGUGGUGUAGUGCCCCUGUCUGUGGUCCCUGACUCACACUCCUCUUGCUUCAGACUCCAGCCAAAGUCCCUCUGAAGGAGCCCGUCAGGCAAAAGCCUACAGGGAGGUUGGGUGUUAUCUUGUAAAAUUAGGUCUGUUUGGGUCCAAGGGAUUAUGGCAGUUGCUGCUCUCUCCUCUCCCCGAGCCUUUAUUGCAGAUGUGCUCAGCGGUACCCGCUUUUCACCUUUUGAAAGUGCUGGAGGAGGAAAAGUGCGUUGUCUGCGAAGGAGCCCAGCCUCUUGGAUGGAGAAAGCUCUGUCCAGCCUCGCACCACUGCCGUCUUCCCGCCUGCUGGUUCUUCGUGGUCUGUAGUGCAGGCUGGGAGCCCUCACUGCCUUUGGGGGGGUGGCACUGGUCCCGAUUUUUCGACGCUGCCUCUUGCCCUCCUCUUGCCUUUCCCCACAUCUGUGUCCGGGCCCUUACAGCAAGAACAUCCGUGCCGUCUAAAGUGGUGAUCACGUGAUCUACCGUCUGGGGGGAUGAGCACCUCCAGCACUUCCUGCUUCAAGAGGUCGAGGCCCAUAGCCAGGGUGCUGGUGGGUACAGCGGAAAGGGUGGGAAGUAGGUACUGGAUUGAUCUCAGCAUCCACAUCUUCGACAGUCAAGUGUUACUGCAGUACUUUUUUUGUGUAAUCAAAGAAGAAGGGGUAUAAUCUGAGCGAGAAGCUUAAAAAAAUACAACACUCCUGAUUCCCCACCACUCUUUUCUAUCUUUAGGGUAGGAGUGUUAUGUAGAAAUUUGGCUUCAGAACCAAUUGGAGUUCCAGAAUUUCUGGAUGUAGGUUUCUUGCACUGAGAGCUUAAAGCUUUUGGAGUUCAAAGUCUCUUAGAAAAGGAAAUGAAGCUUCACUGUGGCUGCUGAUUGGAGCUGUUCUUUAGCAGGCCAAAGCUGGCAUUUCCCCCUGACUGCCUUUCCCACUGUAUUAGCCCUGAGGCCUGGAGUGCCGGGGGUGGGGGGCUAUAAUCAGUGGUCGCCAGAGCAGCAGGCCAGGGCCUCGGGCAGAGAGGGGACCACUGUGGUUGUCUGUGCCUCCUUGUUUCUUAUUCCCUGUGUUGAGUCUGUUGCUGCCUUAGAAUUUUGAGGAAUAAUUCGAUUUAUUUAUUACCUUAUUUAUUUUUUAGCACAUUUCAUUUUGCCUUUGAAACAGUUUCCAUCUGUUUCUUAGAAGGCUUCUGUCUGCUCUGAGCCAUUGAGGCCACCUCUCCUGUGGUGUCAGAUGACGAUUUUAGGAAACGUUAGGAAGUGACAAUGUUCCCUUCCCGCGGUCAGUCCUGGGAUGCUUUGGGGAGGAAUCUGCCCUUCUGAGAUAGAUGAUGCCAUCUUGCCCCGGCACUCUUUGUGACGGAUUCUAGGCCGUGAGGGACCCAGCCCAAUCGCCCAGGGUGGAGUACAGAGGAACUGACUUGCCGAUCAGGGAUAUGGUAUGAUCCUGGGAUUUCAGAGCCCUACUCUGAGGAGUCAUCUUCUUCAUGACGGUUCCUUUGGCUCAUUCCUUCCUUGUCCAGGUGUCUCACGCCAAGCUUCUCCCCACUGCAGGAGCAGGAACUUGAAGACCAGGGUCCCUCACGGUAGUUCUGUACCAUUGGUGUCCCAGAGCAAAGGGCCAGACAGCCUGCAUUUUCUGCUCCCCUGGGAGCAGAGCCCCAAGUAGGAUAGAAUGCUGUGGACUGAGCCACAUCUUACCUCUAUUAUUCUAUAUUUCAGUGCAUUUUGUAGAGGAUGACACUGGUCAAAAUGCAUCUACCUUGUAAGAAAUGAGAAAUUAUUCUAGUGACUGUCUGUUUGGGCUGCGACAAGCAAACUCGCUGCGUAUGAUGUCAUCAUCAGAUAAGCUGAGUGAGCACUCUUUCGGCACCGAAGUUGAAUCACGCCUUAGCGAAGUGAGGAUAAUCCUUAUAAAAGAAUUUUCUACUGAGCUGUUCUCUAGUCAGCUCAAGCCUUGUUUAUUGGUCCUGUUUAUUAUUAACUUCUGACUUUCUCUUAUAAGAGAGCUGUCAGGCCAUAGCAAGCUCCCUGGGACAACACUUUGUUUAUUUUUUGCCGUGAGAUGCUCUGUACUUAUUUUCUUUGGCAUCCUGAUCCUGGUGCAUCGGGGAAGUUGAAGGGGCCCAUUCCCAUCACCUCUGUGUGCCUCUUACUGUCUGGGCACUUUUGAAGUCCUGGACGUGGUUACAUUUCAUCCUGCACUGGCGUGUCUUUGUCCCAUUAGCACAAAAUGGCUAAAAGAAGGUAUUGUCCAUAUCUGAUUCAUUCCCUUUUCUCCUAUUAAACUUCUGAAAUCAUCACACUUGAGGGACCAAAUAUUACUUGUGGAAGCACACGUAAUUAGUGAGAAUUUCACAGCCCAGCAAAUCCCUUCCUUAAUCUCUCCCUAUCCAAGUGUAUAGAACCAGACAAUGAAAUCAAAGCCAUCUGUCUCACCCUGUUCUCCAGAGCACAAAUAAAUACUAACCAACAGUCCGAAGAGAGUGCUUUGUCGUGGGAGAGAGAUUGAAAUUCUCUACACAGAGCGGCUGGCUUCUUAAAGUUCUUCACUUUGUUUAGCUUUGCCACUCUGUUGGGGCUUUUAGAAAGGAAGACUAUUUAAAGUGUUAAUUUUUUCUAACAUUUUAUCAUGAAAAAUGUCCAGCAAAGAGAGAACCUAAAAGAAGUAGAUAGUAAACACCCCUAGGUAUACCCACCACAUAGGUUUUAAAAUUAUAAAUUGCCAAUUAAAACAAAAAUGAUUCUCCCAUUCUGUUCCUUUUGACAAGUGUCCAAUUAAAGUGUGUUCCCUGCACAGACAUCAGCUCUCCUGUGUCACAGGGCCCCUGGUUUUUUAGCAGAUUUGUUUCCUUCAGCAUGAGUUACUUGGGAGGUGGUCCUCCCUCAUUUAAAAAAAAAAGUGUUUCUAGAUCUCCAGCUUUCAAAAACUUAUGCUGUAUUUCCCCUUCCCUCAGGCCAGAGCUGCACUCUUUUCUGCUCUGACUGGCACGGUGGAGGGAGGGGAACCAUGAGGCUGCUCUGGAAGGACUUCAGUCUUUUGCCUUACAACAGGGCCUCAGGCCUCCGGAGUUCAAACUCAAUCCUCAGACAAUGAAUAGCUUGAUAAUGGAAGUAGGUAACAACUUGAAAUAAGGCCAUUCUUCUUCAUCUUUUUUUAAAAUAAUUAAUGCACUUUAAAAAGAUUUUUGUUAUUUAAGAAAGGAAAUCUCAGACUUUUUAAAAGUACAUAUUGCCCCUUAUGUGUAUAUGAAAGUGUUAAAUCUGAGAGUACUCUGUCUUAUAUUAACCAGUGGGAUUAGAUAUUAUUGUAAAACCAGUUAUAGAAAAUAUCUGAGUUUAGAUUUUUUUUUUUAAAGAUUUUAUUUAUUUGACACAGAGAGAGACAGCGAGAGAGGGAACACAAGCAUGGGGAGUGGCAGAGGGAGAAGCAGGCUCUCCGCAAAGCAGGGAGCCUGAUGUGGGGCCCUGAUCCCAGGACCCUGCGAACAUGACCUGAGCCGAAGGCAGACGCUCAACGACUGAGCCACCCAGGCACCCCUGAGUUUAGAUGUUUUUGAUGAGCCCUACCAAGUUCCUCUUCAAAAGAAUUGGGCGAAACCCAAAUCCUAAAGUCUGUGUCUUUAUUUUUUAAGACCAUUUUUCUGCAAAAAGCUGCCUUUUAACCCCAAAGUAUGUCAUUCUAAGGUAUGGAGUUGAGUGACCUUACCGUUUACAUAAAGGACUAUUCUUUUAGUGGAGGGUGAGAGAGGGGCGGGAAUGAAAUAGUUUGUGCAGCUUGAGGACUGCCUUUUAAAACUGAUAGUAAGGGAAAAAAAAACAGAAUAAAAUGAGGGGAAGAGAGAUAAGCUGUCAAAUGUGUCCUGGAAUUUUGCUCAUAUCCCAAUUUUGUUAGUUCUUUGGUCUGUAUUUCAUUAGUUGGAAUUCUUCUUUAAGCCAGAAGCCUUGCUGGUUCUCAUUGUGCUUGUUGGAGAAACCCCAACCCCCUUUGCUGUCUCUUCCAACAGGAGCGACUUCAGGAAUCUUUUUGAGUAGGUCUCCUCUGCUAAGUGUAAUCGCCUGACCCGAGGCUGCAUUCCUCUCCGUAUUCUCUGGGGCUUAGAGUCUAGUGCCAUGCAAAAGGGUGGUGAGGCUAGCACGAGGCUGGGAGGGGGUGCAGCUGUGGCCCUGCAGCCCCAGUUGGUUUUGACUGGGGCCAAGAAAGGGAUGAAAUCAGUUAAUUUUUACCAAAAUCACAGAAGGGCCUCAAGCCACAAGCUGUGCCCCUCUAGGCUGACCUCCCUGUGAGGUGUAGGACUCACCGCCUUCUGCAUUCUUUGUGGGAUGGUCAUACACACAGCAGUAAAUGGAAUAGUUUGUUCUCCCUUUUAAGAGCUUCCAUUUAGAAUUUCUCCUGAGCCUAAAGGGUCCACAUCAACCUCUUUUAGUCUCUUUCCACCUGGCUAAAAGUGUAGAAUUCCUGGAAACCUGAAUUUGCUGGAAAAGGGAAGAGCACCAUCCCUAUAGAAUCUCAGUGGUUGAAAAGAGUUGGAAGGUGAGUUUGUCUGAAGGAGGGUCAUUUCUUUUAUUGUGAGCGGUAGCACAUUCAGGGAUUUAUGCUCUUUUGAGAGCAAGUCAUUGUAUUCAUUGUGUGUUGGAUUGUGCUUAGGGAGCCAUGAUGCAUGAUUCUUUGGGAAGUGAGUAGGGAAUGGGUGUCUAAAACCAAUCACAAGCCAGGUGCUUCCGUGCAACCCUGUCUGUGGUGAGUAUCUUUAUGGCCAAAGUCCCAGUCUUCAUGCGCACGGAAUCCUGUUCCUGGGCCCUCCUUCCCAUACAACUGAGAGAUAAAGAGGGACUAGGCUCCCUCCCAUUUCUCUCUGAUGUCUUGAUUAUUUGCCAUAUUGUUUGGCAUUGGCAGCAUGGUAUCUAAGGCCUCUGCUUACCUGAUUAAUCAGAAUUAAAUAACAGUAUUUACUGAGAGGAUAAGGCAAUCAGCUUCGGUUGGAAGUAGGACUGGGGAGGGAUUGUGACCUAUAGUCCCAUAUUGGGAUAGCUGGGCGACUUGUGUAGGACUGUCCAGUCAUCAGUUGGAACUCUUGUGAACCUUACCAAGUGAAUUAAGAGGCUAUGUCGGUGAGAUACUGAUGAAGACAGCAAAGUAUUAUGAGUUGAGUAGUAAAUAGAGCAAGCCCUCCAUCUAUGGGAACGAUAGUCUCUCACAGGCUAGAAAGGCAAUUAUAAUGUGAGUUUGCAGCUCCUCAGUGUUCUUAGAAGUAGAAGAACCACCUGGAAGUUGGUUCCUGGUGGCCGCUUUCCAGGAAAAGGGGAGGCACCCCCCAAAAAAUGCUUUGGCUCAGUGGGUACCUGGUCAUGGUGUCACCCCUUUGCUCUGUCUAACCCAUCCAGCACCUGUGAGCACUCCUUUGACAUCUACCCAGUUAUUAGAUUCUGAGGUUAGGGUAGGAUUUGGGACCCAAAGGGUGAGAGAAACUUUGCUAAGUAUCGUGUGGCCAGAUUUUGGAAAUCACCGCUCCCUCUGAAGUGUUACAUUACCCCUGCCUGAACCACGAAGGCCACAUAAAGCCCCUGCUGUUUGAAUCUCUUGUCAUUAAGCUAAGAAAACCCAGAUGCCCGAAGCCUUGUGAUAGGGUUCAUUUACAAAUAGUCAUUCCCUCAAAACCUAAGUCCAAAAGUAAGUAAGAUGCUGGCUUUGAAAUUUUGUGGUCCUGGGCACUGGUUUGAACCCAUGAUCUGAUUACCAUUAUAUGAACUUUGAUUUCUUUUAGGCCCCAGGCAUGUGGACCAGAGUUAAUUUCAUGGCUCUUCUUUACCCUGACACUUGAGGAGAAGGUGUCCCAGAAAUCUAGAUAUACAGGCUUUAUUAAAUUCCAUAGUUUUCUGUCCUUUUAAGUACUUAUCUAAGGGUCAAAUAAUAUACGUGAAAUGACUUUCAGGGGACAAAGUGCAUUUUCUAAAAGUUCUGAUAUAGGGUCAUGAACAAGUCUAGAGUUUAGGUUUGGAAUAUUCUAGUAUAUUAGGGUUCCAGAAGAGCCCUUAGCUAACAGUCAGCUUUAGGAGUUCUCUUCCUGAACUCACUUCUUCACUCAGGUUUGAUAUCUCUCCGUCUAAAACGUUCCUUGUUAUUGCUGUUGUUGAUUUUUAGGUUCAGGCCAAGAAUCGCGUGGAAAACAUUAUCUUAAUUCCUUUUCUCAUGUCCUAAUUAGUAUAUUUUACUAAGAAAUUCCACAUUAAAAACUCUACUGACAUCCAUAUCUGAGAUUAUUGUCCCAUAGGUGAAGUUGUUUUUAUUUAAUCAAGUUGAAUUAUUUGCAUCUAGCCAUGUUCAAGAGCAAGUAAAGUCUAGACAAAGCAAUCCUGUAACCCAUGACUCUGGCAUACCCAUUUUCCCUUAGUGAUGGGAAGCGUUUUGAGAUUCUCAGGAGAAAGUUGCUUUGUAAUCAAAGUGAUGGAUUAUGAGAAAGCCAGACUUUGGGUAAGGAUACUUGGGAUAGAGGGAGGUGCUUGCAGAUUUCCUAAACAAUGUCAUGCCAUUUAGCUUGUAUUUCUGAAAGGCCUGCUUUGGUGCCAUGCACUGAGAUCUAUCAGUUGAUUGAAAGAUGAUUAUGCUUUCUUGGCAAAUAUCUAAGCAAUUGGCAACCACAAAGGCAUUCUUUCCUUAUUGUUCUCUAUCAUGCAUUGGCGCUGAUGUUACAGAAAGGGAUUUGGAAGGGAAACAGUCUCACUGUCUUUUCUUUAAAGUGCAGAAAUAGCCCAACAAGUCAUUUAUUGCAGUCAUCUUAUGUUACGUGUCCCCUGAGAAAUGCUGUCAACAUUUCCUAUGAUUUCUAAGAGCUCUGUACCAAACUGUCAUUCAUGGUUUUGUCCUGCUGAGUGGUUUUUCCUUUAAAAUACCUUCUCCUACUGCCCUGUGGCACUGAUUGUGUUGCUGUGAUACCCAGAUGAUUCCUGAGCUCUGGUUCUUGAAUAGCUCAGUUCUUGUGUUUUUCUCUUAUGUAACAGUUUUGUGAUGCUUUUGUGCAUUUCUUUGUCUUCUCUUCCAGGUUUUGAAAUCUGUCCUAAAUAAACUUUUUCACUAUGCACCUGAAA